AUGGCCAAGUUUUAUUGUCUCGCACUCGUCCUUGUCUUAGCCUUUGGCCUGAGUAGCUCCGUCAGGGUGCCACGUACGAGAAAGCACUAUGUGAAGUUCAUCAACAACCUUAACAACAAAGUGCUUAACGUCAACUGCAAAAACCUGAACCCCUACAUCGAUCUCAACCUUCACAUUCUUCUGCCCAAGGAGGAGUACGAGUUCAACUACAACGUAACGCGCUCCAUGGCUUUCAGCUGCGAUCUGCGACAUGGGUUUACCAGCUCGGUUUUCGCCGUCAGUGAUAAAGUAACCAAAAGAGACUGCGGUGGAAACCACUGCAUUUGGAAAGCAGAAGACACUGGAGUGUACCUGCUUAACCGCAGAACCAACCAGUACAAAUUCAAAUAUGGAUGGGGAAAGUGA